AUGCCGCCGCUGCAACAAGCUACCUCCCUACCUUAUGCGGGAUACGCAAGCGCACGUACGGGGUUCCGGUCACUAUCCACUGGCUCUCGUCCGUCAUCUAGUCCGGCAGCGCAGCCGAAACAAGAUGCAGCAUAUGACAUGAUCUACGCGGCCAACCAGCCCACUGACUUACCCGAACGCGUGUCCAGCCUCUCUCCUGCAUGGCAAAUCAACGCUGGGAAGAAGAGUAUCACGCGCACCUUUACAUUUACCAGUUUCGCAAAGGCUUGGCGGUUCAUGUCGCUCGUUGCGGAUGAGUGCAAGGUCAAGAAGCAUCAUCCGAGUUGGUCGAACCUGUAUAAUAGGGUCGAGAUUGAGUGGACUACGCAUAAGCCCGAGGGACUGAGUAUCAAGGAUGUGGACAUGGCCGAGUUCUGCGACCGGAAGGCGGCGGAGAUUGGACUGAAGGAACCGGAGUGA